AUGUUGGAAGCCACUGUUCAACCUUCCCUGGAGGUGGAAAUCAUUCAGUCCCCAAUCCCCAGUCCUAGAGAAGGGGAACUUUUGAUCAAGGUGAUUUGCACGGGUUGUAAUCCCAAGGACUGGAAAUCAGUGGUAUACAGCAAUAGGCCAUCCAAUUCUGGAGACGAUACAGCGGGGAUAAUCGAGCAGGUUGGGGAAAAGGUAGUCGGUUUCCGGAAAGGGGAUCGGGUUGCUGCUUUUCAUCAGAUGCGCACAGCCCACGGCAGCUUCGCAGAAUAUGCCAUCGCCCCCGCGCAUACAGCUCUUCAUCUGCCGGACCAGGUAUCUUUCGAAGAGGCAGCAACUAUCCCUCUUGCUGCAUUCACGGCGGCCGUUGGGCUAUACCACUGCCUGCAAUUGACACCACCAUGGGAGCCGGCCACGGCUUCUAUUCCUCUCAUUGUCUAUGGCGCUUCGAGCGCUGUUGGGGCCUUUGUGUUGAAGCUCGCUUGCAGAUCAAACCUGCAUCCAAUCAUCGCCAUCGCCGGUAAUGGAAAGACCGUGGUGGAGACCUUGAUUGAUCGGUCGAAAGGGGACGUGGUCGUGGACUAUCGUGAGGGUGAAGAGUACAUUAUAAGCCGGGUGCGUCAGGCAUUGGAAGAGCGAGGCAUUGAAUCUGUCAAACACGCUUUCGACUGUAUCUCGGAGCAUGGAUCUCCAGAACUGAUGGCUCGAUUGCUUGCCCCCAAUGGACACGCGACCUUCGUCCUCAUCGAGAAGGACUAUGGGCUUGUGGCUGAAAAGAUUCUCACCUCGCUCACUUACGUGGGCUAUGUCCAUACAGGGCCUUUCCCUGUCGAUGCCAAGUUGGGCAUCAAGUUCAAUCCGCGCAGACAUGGGCAUGAUUUUGGAGCCGUCUAUGCGAGUGUCCUGGCGAGGGGAUUGAUGGAUGGCUGGCUCACUGCGCAUCCCUUUGAGAUUGUGGCAAACGGGUUGAGAGGUCUGCCAGUAGCACUGAGGAAUCUGCAGCAGGGAAGGGCGAGUGCAAAGAAGUAUGUGAUGCGUAUAGAUGAAACAGACCUGAAAUGA